GGAUUUCAUAAACAGGUUUUAAGGAAGAAGUUGUCUGCAACUAAAUUUCAAAUUUUACAAAAAUGAGCAACAUAUAUAUCCAAGAGCCUCCAACAAAUGGAAAGGUUCUUCUCAUUACUUCAUCUGGAGAAAUAGAGAUUGAGUUGUGGUCAAAAGAAGCUCCCAAAACCUGCAGGAAUUUUGUUCAGCUCUGUCUGGAGGGAUAUUAUGAUGGCACUAUUUUCCACAGAAUUGUCAAAGGUUUCUGUGUGCAGGGAGGAGACCCAACAGGAACAGGGAUGGGGGGAGAAUCAAUUUAUGGAAGACCUUUCAAGGAUGAAUUUCAUCAAAGGCUUCGCUUUGUGCGCAGAGGGCUGGUUGCAAUGGCUAAUGCUGGACCCAAUGAUAAUCAAAGUCAGUUCUUUUUCACUCUUGGAGCAACACAUGAAUUGAAUGGCAAACACACCAUAUUUGGCAAGGUUGCAGGAGACACCAUUUACAACAUGAUUAAGAUGGAAGAUUGUGAAGUUGACAGUAAUGACAGACCUCUUUUCCCUCCUAAGAUAAAGAAAACAGAGGUUUUAUAUAAUCCUUUUGAUGACAUAGUUCCAAGGCAAAGAAAAGAGGAGGUGAAAACAAAACCUGAGGAAGAAAAAAAGAAAAAAGUCAAAGGAACAAAAAACUUUAGCUUAUUGUCAUUCGGGGAAGAGGCAGAAGAAGAUGAAUCAACAGUAGCUUCAGUUUCAAAGACAUUAAAGAUGAAAAGCAGUCAUGAUUUGUUGAAUGAUCCAAAACUGAGUAAACAACCUGCUGUUGAAAAUACAAUUUCUUCAGUAAAGAAAAAGGAGAAAUCCAAUAGUAAAGGCCUAGAUGAUGACAGUGAUGAGGAGAAUACCGAUGGACGGGAUUUUGACGCAGAUAUGCGAGACAAGGUGCGAAAUAAACUGAAGAAAAGGAAAGCAGAGGAAGAUGAGGAUGAUAGUGAUAGAAAGAAAACAAAAGAACGAUUAGAAACCAGCAAAGAAGAAGAGGAACCGCAAUCCAAGAUUUCUUCCUCCCGUGCUGAAUAUAAAAGACUGAAGCGAGAACUGAUGGAGUCAAAAACUGAGAAAACUGAAAAAGAAGAAAGUUCCACUGAGACCAAAGAAUCCGAUGUCUUGGCCGCUUUCCAUGCUGAGCAAAAAACGUAUCUUGAAAAAAAGAAAACGAGCCAGAAAAGAAAAGGAGAAGGGAGAGAUGAACAGACCCUUUCUCUUUUGGCGUCAUUUGCAUCCAAACUUGAUAAUGUUGAAGGAGAACAAGAGAGAGAUGAAAACGAAGGAAAAGACAUUGAAAAAGACGAAGAAAACCAAGAUGAUGACACUGGGUGGAUGUUUCAUUCGUUGAAGUGCGAAGCUGAGAGCAAACGAGCUCGGGAUGCUUACAUUGAAAACGAAGAUACAUAUGAAAUAUUUGAUCCACGAAAUCCCAUCAACAAAAGACGAAGAGAAGCGAGUAAAAAGGCAAUGAAAGAGAAACGAAGGUAGCACCUUUAGAAAACCUCCUUGGACUACUUGUAAGUAAAACAUUCCACGGGACAAGCGCCGGUUUUUGGUGAUCCUUGUACCAAUCGAAAACUGCCAAGCUUUCUCAGACAUAACGCCGGUUUCGGACAAUAUCAUUGGCUCAAGGUUACAACCAAAGAAGGCCUUUGUUCUUCAGUAGAUGAAGAAUGUUUCUUUUUGUUGGUGAUGUUCAAAUCACACGAGAGUGGCAAGUUGCAGCUUUUAAGAAUAACUGCUCUGAUUUAUGACAGCGGUGGUCAAGAUCGGCUGAAAAUUGAUUAAUUUAUGCUGAGAGAUAAAUAGUUUUCAUGACAGUUUUGAAUGGAAAACAAUCGAUGAAGAAAUAUCCACUGUGGAGAACACAUAAACGGUUGUCUAUUAUAUCACUGAAUUCCAAGUUCCCCAAUCCUUUAGGCUCUACAGUUUACAUAUGAUAUAACCUCAGUGGUCUGCAUACAUUGUCUUGCGACAAUAAUUGAUAUGUAUUAAAGGUCUUACCGAUCAUUUAAUUAAUUUUCAUGACCUUAACUAGUGAUCCUAUGCUAAUAUUUUAGGAGAAAUUUGAUUCUGAUCAUUCUUAGGACGUAAGAGCUUCUUUCCUCUUUCAAAUAUUGUGAAAUAUGGUUGAAGCUAAGCUAAAACGAAGUUUAACAACCAUCUCGUGUAUUUUUACUUUGCGUUAAGGUUAAAGUAAUAAACAGCCAAUAACGAACAGCU